AGUGGUCUUGCAGAACUUUGAAAGCGACCUCACUUGUUUCCACGACUGUCAUGUCGUCGUCGCCUAGCAGCCCCAUCCUCCUGCUCCGGCUGGAGCGAGCGGAGUAUGACAACGUUCAGCUGAAGCGAAUGCUGGAAGCGGCGCAAGAAGAGCUCAGGCUCAAGUCAGAGCGAGUGGAACUUCUGCAGCACAACCUCGUUGCAAGCCGAUCGAGAGAGCAGCUGUCGUCGGGCUCCAUGAAGUCGAUCGAGGGCGCGUUGCACAAGGCUAAGCAGGAGCAGCAGAAUGCGAUGCAGGAACGAGACGAGUUGCUGGUGUACCUUGAGAGAUUGAACUCUAUGCAAGUGAAGAAGAGCAUGAGCUUGCAGGAGUGCUUCACUAACCGAAGGAGGUUGUCGACACUGAGGUCUGCCCUCGAGCACAUGGCUGAAUACCACCGGAGAAAUCAAUUCUUCAACAAAGUCCGACACAACUUCCUGACUCGAAGGAGAAUGUUUCUGGCUCGAUCGGCGCUUGACACUCUGGCCGAAGGAGUCGUGCGAGAAAGAAAGCUGUCACAGCUUCACCAGUCCUGCCAUCACCAUAGAAUGAGGGCAGCGUUGCUGGCAUGGAAGGAUGUGGAGCCUGAGCGAGCCUCCUCCCUCAAGAUCCGGAUCGCUCCUGAAGUGCAAUCGGCAGAUCCUGUGCCGUCGGAAUCAUUCGCAAGGAGCUUCGGCCUGGUAACGGACAAGAGCGGAAGCUUCCUCUUUGCUACCAAAUUUCUUGGAGAAGGGACGAGUGCAGCUGCAGCUAAGGAGAGGAAAGGCCCAGCUGCAGCCCAGGAGCGUCCUGGCACGGACAAGGAGACGAAGGGAAAGCUGCGUCCACCUCAACCUGCUGUACUGGCGAACUCACCGAUGAAGAGUUGUGGAGCGAACGACCCAGACCUGGUGCCGAGGGCUCACUCAGAGUACUCUUGGAGGAAGAGCCAGGUGAAGCAAACGUCCUUCAGUCAGCUGUUUGGCUCCCUCCGGUUUAUCUGAAACCAAGAGAAUGAUCGCAAGGUCUCUCGUGUAAUGACUAACCUAAGGAAUGUUCGUGUAUUAUCUGUUUGAAUGAAAGUUUUGAAUGCUG